CGGCAUUCUGCUGGUUCAUGAUCGGAAGCCUAAUGAGGAGGAAGUGCUGGUCGAGAAUGUGCAGCCUCACGGUCCCACCACAGGGCUCUCGGGCAAGAGUGCCGCCGGAGGUGCCAAAGCCAGUGGUCCU